GGAAGAUGCUUCUCUUUAUAUUGCUGCUUUACAUGAUUAUUUAUGCUGAGGGAAAAUGUGCAAAGAAUUAUUAUUACGAUGGACUUCUUGAGGAGUGUCAACCUUGCUCAAUCAGAUGCAACUCCCCACCAAAUAUUUGCAAAACAUUUUGCACCUCAAUCCCAGAAAACGAAGUUGAAAAGAAUCAAAAUAUUCGUUUAAUUUUGAUCGUGUUUUUUGUGUUCCUGGGAGCUUUCACAGCACUGACCAUUAUUCUGCGAGUUAUACGCAGAAAAACCUGUAAGCCCAUCAUGAACAAAGUGAUAGGUCUAGAUCCAAAGACAUCUGACAGCGAGAGAGGCUUGAAUGUAACAGAGCAAUCUGAAGAUACGGAUGAAGCUACAACUGAUUUGCCAGAUGGACUGAACCAACAUCACUACAACUCCAACCUGCCUCUUCCCUCCACUGAGGAAGGCACCACAAUCCUGGUUACCACAAAGACAGUGCAAGCUUACCACUGUACACCUGUCACAUAGGGAGGAGAUCACUGGAACUUUUAUAACAGCAGCUGACUCAGAAAACACUGCACAUCAUCUGGUUAACAGUGAUUACAAGCAUCGCCUCACCUCUGUCCAGACUGGGUAAAACUGUUAUGACUACUGCAUGGAUGCACUAAUAAUGGACACAGGACUUGAACACAGGAUGCUUAUGAUGAUUUGACUGUCAGAAGUGAACAUCUCAGUGUUAUUUAGAUGUAAGAAUUAUCUGCGAUAUUAGAAUUUAUAAAAUAUUUCACCAUAUUUUGUCCAGAAGGUCACUUUUUUUUAAAUCAAUGUAAAACCAAUACAAAUCUAUGCUGUAUCUUUGUUAAAUUAAAAUGUGUUACUUCAAUUAUGAAGUCUUACUAUUUGUAAUAUACUUAAAGAAAAAGAAA